GUGGAAGACGACGGCUGCGCCGGCCUAGCUCGUCCACGCCUUCGUCCAGUCUGAGGAGCCGUGACCAGGAAACGUCAGCGAGUGUGAACCGGUUUAAAGUCCGGAACCGGCUCGCACCCACAGUAACCAGCACCCGCAAGAGUGGCUCAGGCACCGCUGUUGUCGCCUCCAACGAGAAGGACGGCUACAAGAUCGUUUGCUACUACACUAACUGGUCGCAGUAUCGACCGAAGCAUGGCAAGUUCCUACCAGAAGACAUCGAGCCAGACCUCUGCACGCACAUCAUCUUCGCCUUCGGGUGGCUCAAGAAGGGCAAACUCUCGUCGUUUGAGUCCAAUGACGAGACGAAGGACGGAAAAAUCGGUCUCUACGAACGGAUCAUGGCGCUCAAGAAGGCCAACCCCAAGCUGAAGAUCCUGCUGGCCAUCGGUGGAUGGUCCUUCGGAACUCAGAAGUUCAAGGUAAUGUCUGCGACAAGAUAUUCCCGUCAGACAUUCAUCUACAGCGCCAUCCCGUUCCUCAGGGAUCGUAACUUCGAUGGCUUGGACAUGGAUUGGGAAUACCCCAAAGGAAGCGAUGAUAAGAAGAAUUUUGUCUUGCUACUCAAAGAACUGCGGGAAGCUUUCGAGGCCGAGGCGCAGGAAGUCAAGAAGCCCCGCCUGCUCCUAACAGCUGCAGUGCCUGUUGGCCCGGACAACGUUCGAGGAGGAUACGAUGUGCCAGCAGUCGCCAGUUACUUGGAUUUCAUCAAUUUGAUGGCCUACGAUUUCCACGGGAAGUGGGAGCGAGAAACAGGCCACAACGCCCCUCUAUACGCGCCCAGCUCAGACUCGGAGUGGCGGAAACAGCUAAGUGUUGAUCACGCGGCCUCCAUGUGGGUGAAGCUUGGAGCACCUAAGGACAAACUGGUCAUUGGUAUGCCGACAUAUGGCAGGACCUUCACUCUGUCCAACCCAGCCAACUUUAAAGUGAACGCUCCAGCGAGUGGCGGAGGAAAAGCUGGAGAUUACACAAAGGAGGGAGGAUUCCUUGCUUAUUACGAGGUGUGUGAAAUGCUAAGAAACGGGGCAUCCUAUGUGUGGGACGACGAGAUGAAAGUGCCGUACGCAGUGCAGGGAGACCAGUGGGUUGGGUUCGAUGAUGAGCGAUCCAUCAGGAACAAAAUGCACUGGAUUAAAGAUAACGGAUAUGCUGGAGCCAUGGUGUGGACCGUAGAUAUGGAUGACUUCACAGGCGCCAUCUGCGGUGGUGAUGUUAAGUACCCACUGAUUGGGGCCAUGAGGGAAGAACUCAGGGGACUUGCAAGGUCUAACAAUGCAAAGGAUGUAGACUGGAGCAAGGUUGCCAACUCUGUCAGCAUAGAAACAACUACAAAGCCGCCACCAAUCAAGAUAUCAGUUAGCGAGGUAUUGAAACGUGUCAGACCACUGAAACAGACCGCUGAUUCUACUGCUGUUCUUACUGCUGUUGAUCCACACGUACGCGGGCCUCAGGUGUUCUGUUACAUGACGAGCUGGUCCCAGAAGAGACCAGGUGCUGGCAAGUUCACUCCAGAGAACGUCGAUCCCUUGCUGUGCACUCACGUGAUUUACGCCUUCGCAACUCUCAAGGACCACAAACUGGCCGCAGCAGAUGAGAAGGACAUUGAGAUGUAUGAAAGGAUGGUAGCCUUGCGCGAGAAGAACCCCAACCUCAAGAUUCUGCUGGCUAUUGGAGGGUGGGCAUUUGGGUCUACUCCAUUCAAGGAACUGACUUCCAACGUAUACCGAAUGAACCAGUUCGUAUACGAAGCCAUUGAGCUACUCAGAGACUACAAGUUCAACGGACUGGAUGUGGACUGGGAAUAUCCCAGGGGGGCUGAUGACCGUGCUGCCUAUGUAAAUCUACUCAAGGAGUUAAGAUUGGCAUUUGAAGGAGAGGCCAAGAGCUCUGGUGAACCUCGCCUCCUGCUUACAGCAGCUGUUCCAGCCAGCUUUGAAGCCAUUGCAGCAGGUUACGAUGUUCCGGAGAUUUCGAAGUACCUGGACUUCAUUAAUGUGAUGACAUACGAUUUCCACGGGCAGUGGGAGCGGCAAGUUGGGCAUAACAGCCCUCUUUAUCCUUUGGAGAGUGCCACUAGCUAUCAGAAGAAGCUCACCGUUGACUUCAGUGCACGUGAAUGGGUGAAGCAAGGUGCCCCCAAGGAGAAACUUAUGAUUGGUAUGCCGACCUAUGGCCGCUCUUUUACCCUAGUUGAUCCCACAAAGUUUGACAUUGGAGCUCCUGCCUCUGGAGGUGGUACACCUGGCAAGUACACCGGUGAAGCUGGCUUUAUGUCGUAUUAUGAGGUCUGUGAUUUCCUGCAUGGUGAGAACACAACUCUGGUUUGGGACAAUGAACAGCAAGUGCCAUUUGCUUAUCGCAAGGACCAGUGGGUUGGCUUUGAUGAUGAAAGGAGUCUCAAGACAAAGAUGGCCUGGCUCAAGGAGGAAGGCUUUGGAGGUAUCAUGAUUUGGUCUGUGGAUAUGGACGACUUCCGUGGUCAGUGUGGAACUGGCAAGUACCCACUGAUUAACGCAAUGAGGCAAGAACUGGAAGGAUAUACAGUGAAACUGGAAUAUGAUGGGCCAUAUGAGGGAACUGGUGGGGGUGGUGCUUACACUACUAAAGAUCCUACAUCAGUGGUUUGUGAAGAGGAAGAUGGGCACAUCUCAUACCACCCAGACAAAGCAGACUGCACCAUGUACUAUAUGUGUGAAGGAGAAAGGAAGCAUCACAUGCCUUGCCCAUCCAACCUGGUCUUCAACCCCAAUGAAAAUGUGUGUGACUGGCCAGAGAAUGUAGAGGGCUGUAUGCAUCACACUCAAGCCCCACCUACGGCUAAGAGGAAAUAGAAAUAGGUUUAAUAAGCAAAAUUUUAUAUAAAUGAGAAAAAAGACAAUCAAGAAGAAAUAUUUUGAGAAGGUAUUCACUUGCCACUGCCUUACAGCAUUUCAGUAGUAAUCUUUCAGUGUUCAUAUGUGAAUGCUGACUUUUUACUCCCAUGAUCAAGUUAGAUCCUGUGUAACAAAAAGAGAAACAGUGAAAAUUUUGCCAACACCAACUAAUUUAGAUACAGAAAACAAGAUUGAAAAAUGUAUGGUUUCCUGCAUAAAUGCUUCCAAAUUUAUGAUCAUGCAUGUCUUCUAACUAGUGCGCAGCAACAUUUAUGAAAUAACUGAAUACCUGAGUUUUAAUACACUUUGAUACAGAGAAGGCAUCUUUUAUAUAGCUUAUAAAUUAAGCUUCAUUUUAUAGCAAUAUGAUAUUUAUUACAUACAUAUUAAUUUACAUAACUUCCAGAUUUAUCUGUUAGAUCAUUCAAGAAUCUUGUUAAAACAAAUAUUUAAAGUCUUUUCCAGGUAGGUAUAAACGUAUGACAGACACAUUAGAUAAAGAAAUAAAUAAGUUGGUUUGCAAUUUUAUGCAAACUCUUAUACUUCAUAGUAUUAAUGCCCAUUCUCAUAUGUGCAUUUUCCAUUGCAGUGUUAGUAAUAUCUAUUCACACGUUCUCCUAACAAAAGAAAAUAUAAGGAUAUGUUGAAGUUAUGGGAUAAACGUUAUAUGUGUGCAUAAAUAAACACUGUUAAUAAAAUCAGGACAAAAAUUAUUAAACUAGAUACACAACUUUAAUAAUAAGAGGGCAUAUGAAUAACAGAAAACUUAAAGUUAGCUGUUGUGAAAAUAAUUUAAUAUAUGCAAGAGAAAGGGAUUUCAUUCAAUUAUUUUGUGGUACUGAUGUAUAUUCCGUUGUCUAACAAAAGUUUAUAUAUCAAGGUAAAAGAUUAGGAAGAUAUUGCAAACAGCACAAAGUAGGAAAAAUGCUUGUUAUGUAAAUGUUCUAAUGACACAAAUUUAAAUUAUUUUCAAAAUAUAAAUCAUUUUGCACCUUACAGAUAUUUUCAAUCUGUCUCCCAUUCUACGACAGAUAUGAGUUUUAACGCAUUACAUCAUUUAAAGCACAUCUCUAAGUGUGUGUACUGUAACUUACAUUUGAAAAAGCAAAUAUGAAAAUA